AUGGCCUCCGAACUUCACAAAAUCUUGAUCCUCCAUGGUCACGGGCAAUCGGCAGAAAUCAUCAAGCCGAAAACCCGCUACGUGCGAGAAGUGUUUCGCACUUUAUCAGACGACAUACAGUUUGAGUUUCAAUUUUUGUCUGGUGUCUUACCGGCCUAUCCAGAUGAGGAUGACAACAAGGACCAAAAGGUUUGGGGUCAUGGGGAACCAGAGCACGACAAAAUUCGUGGAUUGGAGAAAUCUCUUGAGCAUAUCUUCAAUACCCUCGACGAAGACGGUCCUUUUAGCGGCAUCAUUGGAUUUUCAUCGGGUGCUGCUAUGGCUGCCAUUGUCGCCUCGUUGCUGGAGAAAAGGAAAACACUUUGUGGUAUCCCAUGGAAGGCACGCCACUUGAAAUUACGAUUCGUCAUAUGCCUGAGUGGCUUCCAGCUGGGGAAUAAGUGCUAUGAAGCCUUUUAUUACCCCAAGAUUGCGACUCCCACGUUUCACACCUUCGGCACGCUUGAUGAAACAGUGACCCCCGCCCAGACAGCGGGACUCGCAAAACAGUGUGCAUACGCAUAUUCUUUCGGCUUUUUUGGCGGCCACUAUGUGCCUCAGAGUAAGGAAUAUAUGAGUUUCCGUCAAUCUCUCGAACGCUUCUUGAAAAAAGUGUUAGGAAUGCCUGCACAAGUGCACGAAUCCUGCGCAGGAAUUGACGUCGUUGGCGAGAAGGACAAAGCGCAAAGGGCCAUUUCUUCAUUUUCAUAUGUGCCACACGGAGUGCCAACUGGGAUCGAGGUAUUAGCCCGGUAA